AUAUUCGGAUUCCGACGUGUUGAUUAAUUUUGGCCUCAAUUCUCAUACUCGUAUGUUCCCCACGUUUCUCUGCUCCCACGUUGACCCAAGAUGCCCUGUUCCGUGACUACUGUCCGCCACCCGAGUUUCAGCGCUUUACCCAAGUGGUCUUCUUCGUCAAAGAUCAAACCUUUGAGGCGGAAUCCCACUUUGGCGUUCGAUUUCCGCCGCUUGAGAUCGAUCGGCCAUGGUGGGUCUGGCGCGAGCGUGCUCGCUCGUGGGAAAGGUGGAGUCUUGAGUCGGGGGCCCAUGGCCGAGACCGUGAGAGCUGCUUCUUUUGGGAGCGGCAGCGGCAGCGGCGGCGGCAGCGGCGAAGAUAUUAGGAUUCUUGAACAGGAAGGUUUUAUUGAUGGGUCGGCCGGUUUCGCGGCUGGCGGUUUGGAAUCGACUCUUAAUCGUCUGAGCAAGUGGCUCGUUGCUGGUGUUUUUGGUGCCAUCAUUUUAUUGAGGCAUGAUGGUGAGUCUCUGUGGGCUGCGUUGGGUUCGGUUGUUAAUAGCAUGCUCUCGGUCGUACUCAAACAAAUAUUGAAUCAAGAAAGGCCAGUGUCCACCCUGAGAUCUGACCCUGGGAUGCCAUCUUCACAUGCUAUGUCUAUCUUCUUCACAGUUGUGUUUGCCAUUAUAUCAGUAUGCGAAUGGUUUGGAGUUAACGAGAUUACUCUGAUUAUCAGUGGGCUUAUUUUGGCAUUUGGUUUAUAUCUGUCAUGGUUACGGGUCUCGCAGCAAUUGCAUACAAUCAGUCAGGUGGUCGUGGGCGCCUUCUUGGGGUUGGCUUUUUCCGCAUUGUGGUUUUGGUCUUGGAGUGCUUUCAUGCUGAGAGCUUUUGAAUCGUUUUUGUGGGUUAGAAUCGUGGUUAUUCUGUGCGCAUCUUGCUUCUGCCUCGGGUUCCUUUUGUACGUAAUUCGGUACUGGCUUCGUGAUGAAAGAUGAACUUCAAACUAUGGUUCUAACGAGAUGAUGACAUCGAUUCAUUCCAUAGCUGCCACUCUCCCGACGGAGUCCGCACAAUGUCAGGAAAAUUCGUUGGAAACAUUCAUUCUUUUGGCCUUAAUGGUUGAAUGCACCAAAUGCAACUUUUACCGAC